CUUUUUUUUAAAUAAAGCUGCGCCAAAGGACAACUCGAUCAUCCCAAAGGGCAGGCGAAGUAUCCUCUUUCGUUUGAAUGUUUUUGUGACAAAAACAUCGCACAACACUCCAUCCAGCUCUCUUUUAUUUCCUCGCAUGGUUUUCUGUUUUUGUUCAUUGUCGUUCAAGCUCGAACACAACAUCGUAUUCAUUCAUUAGGGGGGUGAAGGGAGCAUUCAUGCGACAUGUUUCGGCAAUCUCAUCCAAAGAAACAGCCACAACAACAGCAACAACAGCAGCAACCGGCACAACCACAACCUCAACAAGAACAACGGCACCAGCAACAACAACCUCAACAACAGGCAUCACAGGGACACCCUAUUUCGCAAACAUCUGGGGCUCUCUCCAACCCUAAACUGCCCUUGCAUGGGACACUUAUUUGUUAUACUGGAUUGGCCAAGGAGGAGAGGGAUGCUGUCAAUGAAAAAAUCAAGGCUCUAGGCGGAACAGUGAGUUUUGAUCUGACUGAGGAUAUUACACAUUUGAUUGCUAAAAGAGCUGGCUCUCCAAAGUAUAAGGUAGCAUUUGAAUUAGGUGUCCCAGUUGUUACUCCAGAAUGGAUCGAUCAGUUGUAUACAGUGUGGAGCAAAGGAGAAAUUGUCAACUUGAAGGAGAUCACAGAAAAGUAUUUAACAGGGCCGUUGAAAGGAUGCUCAAUAUGUGUAACAGGGUUUCCAGCAGAUGUAAGGCAGCAUAUUCAAAAGGCGACAAUCAUGCAUGGAGGGAAAUACACAAAGGAUUUACUGAAAGACUCGACCACACAUCUGAUCUGCGAAAAUUCUCCAACAGACAAAUACACAUCGGCUUUGCAGUGGGGUAUCCAAUGUGUAACACGAAAAUGGUUUAUCGACACCUUGGCGAAAAAAGAGCGUGCGGAUGAAUCUCUGUACAAAGCAUUACUAGAAGAUGGCGGGAAAAGGGCAAAUGGUCAGGGCGCCAAAGAAAAACCAAAGGACGUUAACCCAGAGGAUAAUAUUAAUGAUGGACAAAUCCAGCCUCCAGCUGAAAUGUUUCUGGAGGCUUGCCAGAUCUUCCUUUGCCCUUCCAUUCCAGAUGCACAGGUAACACGUCUCAAGAAAAUGAUUCGUAUCACAGGAGGGAUUCAUGUUACAGAAUAUGAUCCACAAGAGGUCACACAUGUCCUCGUACCAUCAUAUGAAUUGAGUCCAAGCACGCUUGCAUUAUUCGAUGAUGACUCCACUCUUCCAUAUAUCGUGCACAUGGAUUGGUUACGUCGCUCAAACCGGGAAAGGAGACUUCUUCCCGAAUCAGACUAUAUCGUACCAUUCCAACGGGGUGAGGAUGGUCAGCCCAGGCGUACACGUUCUGGGAGUUCUGGCACAUGGACCACAGAUCCUGCUUUCAAAAAUAAAACUUCGACUGGCAGUAGCAGCACUAGCGCCCAUGAUCCAACCUCGCGUCCACAAAUACGGGUCUCAGCUUCAUCUGUAUCUUCAAAUAGUUCAUCGAACACUAUAGUGUCCAAGGAGACUGUACGUGAUCCUGCAAUGCCAGCAGAUCUUCCAUCCACAAUAUCACCACCCAACCUCUCACCACGACAAACACGCCAAGGAUUGGCUGCUAGGACAGUCUCGGGGAUACUAUCCGAUGCACUCGUUGAUCUCUCUAUGACAGCCACAACCCAGCGAUCGCUAACAACACAAGAAAACUCGUGGAAAUUAGAUGUCCAACCGCUACAGGAAGAAGAGGAGGCACCCUCCUCAAACAUAUUUCUGGGAUUAUAUAUCACUUCAUACGGGUGUAAGGCAGAGGCAAAGAUCCGGGAAGAAACGAUUGCUAAUGGUGGGACAUAUUUCGAUGCAGCAGAGGGCCCACCAUCAGAAGCAACCGAGGCACAGGUACGAACAAUCGUGCCAUUGUCUAUGUCAUGGGAAAAGGCAAAGGGUCUCCGUGGUGUUGUCAUGACUAUCUGUUGGUUCGAGAGGUCGCUAGUAGAGGAAAGGGUGAUUCCGCGGAGCGAUCAUUUCUUGUUCAAACCCUUGAGGAAUAUUCCUGUAGAAGGCUUUGAGCAUCUGAAAAUAUCCAUUAGUGCUAGUCAGAUGGAGGAGACAGAGUAUCGUCACAUCCAGCGUACGAUUAAGAUCUUGGGGGGUGUUUGUCUGGACAAGUUACAUACCGUAGAAACGGAUGUGCUUAUUGCAGAUGCUCCUAUCGGACCCAAAUACGAAUAUAUGGCCAAGCAUGGUCGACCUGUCGUCAGAAUGGAAUGGCUUAAACGAUGUAUUGAAGAGGGGAAGGCGGUACCGUUCAAAGACUUUUUAUUAAAGGAAGAAGAGCCUGAAGAAAUGAAAACCGAGGUUCAGGAUAGUCCAGGGUGGAUUCAAUCAGAGAACGGUUACCAAAAUGGUGAAAGUUUUCGAUCAAACAGCUCCUCUUCCAACCUCACCCAGAGUCAAGUCCAACAAUCAGGAUCAUCCAAUAGGCCACUAGCGGGACUUGUCAUUUGUUUACCUACUCGAGUCCUAGGAGAUCACCGUGAAAUGCAGGAUAUGGUUACUGAUAUGGGUGCACGCCUUAUUAUAAAGUAUAAUUCUACUGCUUCUCAUUUGAUACACAAUGGCAAAGCGACGAUGGAUGCAAAGCGGGAUCUUAAGAACGCUAAACGCAAUAGCGCCUUUAUUGUCUCACCCGAAUGGCUCUAUAAGUGUGAUGAGACUAGGAUGCGAGUAGAUGAGCGUGACUAUCCGGAGACGUAUGAUGGAAGGCAUUUAACGCUAGCGACUACUACGACCCAUUUGCGUUCACCACAGGAUCGUCCAGCACUAGCGGUCCUACCAUCUUCGAGAUCUACUUCUCCAUCACAAAGAUCUGGUAAGAAGACGCCUGUGAUAGGGUUUGGUAGAGCAGCCAGUACAGGAUACGCAGCCCAUCAGCAUGGGACUGGAUCACAAUCCAGCCCGACACAGACGUUUCAGGGAACUGCAGCAGGAGCGCUGAGUGCGAUAUUUGGAAGUGAUACAAUGUCAUCCUCGGCCAGCUUAGAUAUCUCGAUACCAGUGACAUUUAGUGGCCCAAUGGCAACUCAACAAGAAGGGAAUGGGCUCUCGGAUAGCUUUAUCUGGCAGCCCAUGCCGAUGCUUACAAUGACCCGCAGUACAAACAAUGGUAAAAGACGACGAAGACCGCUACCAACCCCUGGAGGUACUCAAUUAUCCACUACGGACAUGGACCAUUCUGGCAUUUGUGAGACGCCUGAUGUUUCGAGAGAUGGAUCGAGUAUUCCUGAAAACUAUUUUGACAAGUCCUCAGAGCGAUAUGGUGAAGAUGCAGUGUACUGGGUCGAUGUUGAAGGUCGAGAAAAGAAGCGGGCAUUAUUGGAAUCGCUUGGAUACAAAACAUAUAAACCAAUACAACGCGAAGCGUCGAGUAGCCGCCUUGAAGCUCUUUCUCAUGACAUGGAGGUGCAAAGGCUUCCGGUCCCUCGAUUCUACUUUAUGUUGACAGGGAUUUCGCUGGUUGAUCGGGGGCAGUUCAAGAAGACGAUCCAGGAGCUUGGGGGGGUUGUUCUGGAGGAUAUAAGUCAGGAUCAUGAUGAAUGGAAACGCAAGUGUACACAUUUGGUGACCAAUGGAAAUAACCCACCCCGGACAGCAAAGCUGGUGAUGGCGAAGGUGUGUGGAGCGAUUAUUGUGAAUAAGGGAUUCCUGGUAGCAUCAAGGGAGCAUGGAGCUUUUGUGGACGAUACACCCUUUCGAGUUAAAAUGUGAACAGAAAAAAAAAAAGGCAAAAGCAAAAAAAGCAAAAUCUAGGAACUUAAUCUUACUCUGGCUGAUUGACUACGACAUUACAAAUCUACUUUUAACUUAACUUGCAAACAACAAAAACAAUGGU